AUGAAAAGGAAGAAGAAAAUUGUGAGGAGAAGAAGCAAUGUUGGUGAAGGGUCAUUUAUCAUUAAUGAAGAAGUUGGAGACCAUGACAUAAAUGAAGAAUACAAUGAAUUGUCUUCAGAUGUAGAUAAUGAUGACAAUGUGAGUUUGAAUAGGGGAAAGUUUCCGAAGUAUAAAGCGGAUGAUAUGAACAAGACCUUCAAAUUUAAAUUGGGGAUGAAGUUAUGUUCAUUGAAAGAUUUUAAAAAUGCGCUAAUGAAGCAUAGCGUUUUAAAUGGAAAAGAAGCUCAGUUUGUGAAGAAUGAUCCGAAGAGAGUGAAAACUCUGGUUGGGCAUCACAGAUGUGGAAGAAUUUUUGGAAACAAAAGUGUUGGAAUAACUCCUGGAAAAGCAAAGCAAAUUGCAAUGGAUUCUUUAGUGGGUGAUGGAGAACGACAAUAUGCUCAUCUAUAUGAUUAUGUGGCUGAAUUUUUAAGACUUAAGGUUGGAACCUUCAAGAUUAAGGUCAAUCAACCCCAACCCACUUUGACACCAAGGUUUAGGUCAUUUUACAUGUGUUUAGAGGGUUGUAAAGAGGGUUGUAAAGAGGGCUUCUUAGGUAGUUGUAGGCCCUUCAUUGGGGUAGAUGGUUGUCAUCUGAAGACAACAUAUAGUGAUAAGCUGUUUGCAACACUAAGAGAAAAAGUAAAGACAUAUCCAGGAGAUGUUAUGCCUAAACCAAGAAAAAGGCUUGACAUGGAAGUUGAAAAGAGUGAGAAUUGGAUUCCUGUUUGGGCAGGGGCUGCAAAAUUUGAAGUCACUCAUGACUUUACGAUGGACAAGUUGGUAGUUGACCUAAGUAACCAUACAUGUAGUUGUUACUUUUGGGAUUUGAUAGGAAUACCUUGCAGGCAUGUUGUGGCUGCCAUUCAUUAUAAAUUAGAGAACCCUGAAGAUUAUGUUCAUCAUUAUUACAAGAAACAUGCUUAUGAAACUUGUUAUGGCCCUCAAAUUAUUCCAAUCAAUGGACAACAACUAUGGCCUACAUCUGAUUCUACAACACUACUACCACCCAUUUAUAAAACACCUCCUGGAGGCUUAAAAAGCUAA